AGCCAACUGUGAUUAUAGCUCACUUUCGUUUAAAAGUGGAAGUUAUUUGGUUUAAUUGCCGUAAAGAUAAAAAACGAUUAAAAAAGAACCAUAUGUUAUUUGAAAUUUCUGAUUUAAAUAUAUUUUGCCAUUGUCAGCGAAACUGUUCGUAGCUGCGGUCGAAAAUGAAUUCUUCUGUUCGCCUAGUUCAACUGAGUAUUAUGUUGUUUUCUAUUCAUAUAGCUAUAUGCAAACUGGAGUUUACCAACGUUAAGUGCAACACAUUCGAUCCAGAGUUUGCCGUCUUUGACUAUUGCUUUCUAAAAUCAAUUAAUCGUACAUACAAAUACCUUUCCAUAAAAGUGAAAUUGCUAAAGACACCCGUUGCCAAAGUAAAAGUCAAUGUAGCAACAUUCCAGAGACUAAAUGGCUAUAAACCCUUUCUGUAUAACUUAACAGUAGAUGGCUGCAGGUUUUUUAACAACAAAAAAUCGAAUCCUGUUGUGUCUUACUUUUUCAACUUCUUUAAGGAUUUCUCCAACUUAAAUCAUUCCUGCCCCUACGACCACGAUGUCAUUUUGGAUAAAGUUCCUAUAUCUCAUAUAAAUACGCAAGUAACAGACGUUCUUCCAGUUCCACAUGGGGAUUACCUAUUCCACACGGACUGGUUUGCUUACGAUAUUAAACGUGCUACUGUCGACGUAUAUGCCACACUAAACUAACCUAAAGAGGGUUAUUCAAAAGAGCGACGAAUGAUAUCGGUUUUUAGUUUUACAAAUAAAACCAACUUACCUACGAGCAUUUUUCUAAUAUUUUGUUGUUAAUAGCUCAUGAAUAUAUUGAAGCUAUCAU